AUGGACCCUACUGCAAUCAUUAUCGGGGCUGGACCUUCAGGUAUCGCCAUGGCCUAUAAGCUUAAGCAUACAUUGGGCUAUGAAAACUUCACAAUCUUCGAAAAGCUUGACGGCGUUGGUGGAACGUGGAGGUUGAAUAAUUAUCCAGGCUGUGGAUGUGAUGUUGCCUCGCAUCUGUACUCUUUCAGUUUCAAUCUAAACCCCCAUUGGUCUCGAGAGCUAUGCGAGCAGGACGAGAUUCUCCAGUAUAUCGAAGACACAGUUGAUAGAUUUGACCUACGUCAAUUCAUUCAAUCCUCAAUUCAGUGUAUUGGUGCUAAGUGGAACAAUGAUCGCACCGAGUGGGAAGUACGACUCAAAGACCUGAAGACAGGUAUAGAAUUCACGCGACGAGCUAAUAUUUUCGUGUCUGCUGUUGGCGGAAUAUCAUUUCCCAGAGAUGUUCAUUUUGAAGGUAUGGAUGACUUCAAAGGACCUAUGUUCCAUACCGCCCGAUGGGAUCAUUCUGUGAAGUACAAGGGAAAGAGAAUGGCCGUUAUUGGAAAUGGCUGUAGCGCUGCACAAGUCGUUCCCUCUGUGGCGGAUCAUGUAUCUCUCGUCAAGCAAUACGCACGAAGUCCGCAGUGGUAUCAUGACAGACCCAACCACGUUUUUACCGAGGGAGAGAAGAUGGCCUUUCGCUACAUACCAUUUAUCAUUCAGCUACGUCGCUUGUUGACCUUCCUCGAGAUCGAUUACGAAUCUUACGUAUACCGACCAACACCCAAGGGAAUCAAAGCUCGACUUCAGAAAGAGGAGGAAGCUCGGCAGUAUAUUUACAAGACGGCACCGAAGAAAUAUCAUGAGAUGCUAGUACCCAAGUUCGAAUUGGGAUGCAAGCGCCGAAUUGCGGAUCCACAGUACCUAGAGUGCCUGCACAAGCCUACGGUCGAACUUGUUCCUGAAGGCAUCGAGAGAAUCACGGAAGACGGCAUAGUCAGCUCUUCCGGCAAAUUCGACAAGUUCGACAUCAUCGUUCUAGCCACUGGAUUCAAGGUGUCACAAUUUCUGACUCCGAUGGAGAUCAUCGGCGUCGACGGUAAGACCCUCGAUCAGCAAUGGAAAGAAUCCCGAGGCGCACAAGCGUAUCUUGGGACAUUCGUCCAUAACUUCCCGAACAUGGCUAUCAUUUUCGGUCCCAACACCUUCCCCGCAAACAACUCCGCCCUCUUCGCCUGCGAAGUUCAAGUCGACUAUGCAGUCAAAGCGCUCUUCGCACCUCUCAUCGACAAGCGAGGGCGCGUAAUCGAGGUGCAGGAGAGCGUCGAGAACCGCACCACAAACGUGAUCCACGCACGGCUACGGAACAGCGUGUUCCAAGGCAACUGCUCGAACUGGUACCUAAGCGAGUUCGGGCGUAACGCGGCAUCCUGGCCUGAUACCGCCGCGUCGUUUUGGGUCGCCACCUACUUCCCGAAGUGGAAGGCUUUUAAUAUGUCUGGCGGCAGCAGGUUAUGGUUCAUCAAUACAUUGCUGCGGAAUGUGCGCAAUACUUCGCUUUUGACUAAGACUCUGGUCCUGGCUUUGCUGGCUUUUGGAUUCAGGCCGCUGUUGAGUUUGGGACACUUUUCUAGGACCACAGAUAUGCUGAGGAAUUAUGCAGUGAGGAACUUGAUUACCUAG